AUGCGUGCAGUUGAGCCGAUGUCAGGUUUACUUCAUCAGCAAUGGACGUUACAACAACCACAAAACUCAGAUUCUACUUCACCAAUUCGUUUGUCCGUAGCCAGUCCACUAAGGAUGUUACAACAGCCACAAAACUCAGAUUCUACUUCACCAAUUCGUUUGUCCGUAGCCAGUCCACUAAGGAUGUUACAACAGCCACAAAACUCAAAUUCUGCUUCACCUAUUCAUUUGUCCGUCGCCAGUCCACUAAGGAUGUCACAACAGCCACAAAACUCAAAUUCUGCUUCACCUAUUCAUUUGUCCGUCGCCAGUCCACUAAGGAUGUCACAACAGCCACAAAACUCAGAUUCUACUUCACCAAUUCAUUUGUCCGUAGCCAGCCCACUAAGGAUGUUACAACAGCCACAAAACUCAAAUUCUACUUCACCUAUUCGUUUGUCCGUAGCCAGUCCACUGAGUGCGCCGUCGAACUGGGACUUAUGGUUUUCGACAUUGGAUGAAUAUGAAAAUAGUUUUGACAAGUCAAAAGAAAAGCUACAAAAUCGAACCACAGACCCAAAAAUAUCUAGGCUAUAUUCUCUGCGCCGAAAAAGAAUAAUGAAAAUAUGCGGUUUUGCAAUAUUAUUGUGUUUAAUUAUAAGUGGGACAUUAUUGGGUGCACUUUUAGGAGUAUUACCAGUACUGUAUCAACCUCGACUAGCACGACGUCCAGUACAACCUCGAGUACUACGACGUCCAGCACAACCUCGAGUACUACGACGUCCAGCACAACCUCGAGUACUACGACGUCCAGUACAACCUCGAGCACCACGACCACUACCGUCACGCUUAGUUAUGACUCUUGCUCGUCCGGUUACUUACACAGCCACUGCCACUCAAACAACCAUCACAUUUGCAUUGCGUAAUGAUCCCGAUUAUUGGAUAUUGGACGAUGUCUCAAUUAUUCAACAGGGCACAACCACUGAAUUACUAUCCAAUGGCGGUUUCGAAAGCGCUAUGACGAACUGGACCUAUUGUUAUGUGACAGGUUACAGUCAGUUUUCUUUUGUCACUGAAACAAAUUCGACAACACAAUACGUUUCUCAUACUGGCACAUACUUCUGGGCGGACGGCUCUGCUUCAGUACUCGAUUAUCUUAGUCACAAAGUGCACACAUCAAUCGGAGUCAGUUACAACGUCUCAUUCUGGUUAGGUCGCUGUAAUCAGACUAUGGAUACUACCUAUGGUACCACGAAUACUGCAUAUGUUAUUAUGCGUAAUUAAACAGUGUCAAAACAACGCGAAAGCUUUUCUUACGAUAUUAACUAUUUUUUUGUCAAAGAGUGCUUAAAAUUUAUCUGCCAAUGACGAAGUCAAACUUGUCGUAU